AUGGUGGAGUUCGCACCCCUGUCGGUGCCAUGGGAGCGCAGGCUGCAGACUUUCGCAGUCCUGCAGUGGGUCUUCUCCUUCUUGGCUUUGGCUCAGAUCUGCAUCGCCAUCUUCAUAGGCCUCCUGUUCACAAGGUUCUGGCUUUUCUCUGUCCUGUAUGCCACCUGGUUGUUCCUGGACUGGGACAAGCCACGCCAGGGAGGCCGGACCAUCCAGUUCGUCAGACGCUGGACCAUCUGGAAGUACAUGAGGGAUUACUUCCCCGUCAAUCUGAUCAAGACGGCUGAGCUGAACCCUACCCAGAACUACAUCGCAGGCUUCCACCCCCAUGGAGUCCUGGCUGCAGGAGCCUUUCUCAACCUGUGCACUGAAAGCACCGGCUUUUCCUCGCUCUUCCCAGGAAUCCGAUCGAACCUGAUGACGUUGCCUUUGUGGUUCCGGGCCCCCUUCAUCCGGGAUUACAUCAUGUCUGUGGGGCUGAUCACAUCAGAUAAGGAGAGUGCUGGUCACAUUCUGAGUAAGAAGGAUGGCGGGAACUUGCUAGCCAUUAUCAUUGGGGGCUCCCAGGAGGCACUGGACGCCAGGCCUGGAGCCUACCGGCUGCUGCUGAAGAAUCGGAAGGGCUUCAUCAGGCUCGCCCUGAUACAUGGGGCGGCGCUGGUGCCAAUCUUCUCCUUUGGGGAGAACAACCUGUUUAACCAAGUGGAAAACACCUCUGGCACCUUGCUGCGCUGUGUCCAGAACCGACUACAGAAGAUCAUGGGCAUCUCCCUCCCUCUCUUCCAUGGCCGUGGUGUCUUCCAGUACAGCUUCGGCUUCAUGCCUUUCCGCCAGCCCAUCAACACCGUAGUGGGGAAGCCCAUCCAGGUGCCGAAGACACUACAGCCCUCAGAGAGGGAGGUGAACCAGCUUCACCAGCACUACAUCAAUGAACUAUGCAAGCUCUUUGAGGAACACAAGCUCAAGUUCAACGUUCCCGCUGACCAACAUCUGGAGUUCUGCUAAGAACCUCAAGCUGGAGGACAGCUGCAUCCGAGAAUCUGCAGGAGAGCUGUGAUGCGAGGGGACUUUCACAGUCAGCCCAGAUUCCUACGAACCCAGCCACGGCUGGCAGGAUGGAAGAGGAUUUGUGCCUGCAGCUGAAGUUCUGAAGUCUCCCUGUCCUUGCUUGGCCUUUCAGCCCAUCGGUAGGAUGGUGGGAAGGAAGCAAGCAGAGAAUGAUUGCUGAGGUCUCUACCCAUGGUUGUAAUGUCGCUCAAACAUGACCAAAGAGCAACCAGGGGAAAAAGAGAACAAAAUUCUUCCCCCACCCUCAAGAGACGGUGCAAGAGAAGCCAGCACCCCAGGCCUCCCCUGUACUUGUCCCUCAUCCUGCUCCCUGGAUGUCCCUUCUUCCCCUCUGAGCUGGAGGAGGUGUAGCCAAAUAUGCCCUGGCAUCCACCCUAUGCUUUUUCCAGACUCUGCGUCCUCCAAGCUGUGACAUCGAUAUCAAAGGAGCCCAGUCCUCCUUAGCCACUUGACUAUGAUCAAGGGUAGGGCUCCUUGCUAUCCUUCUGAGUCUCAGUUUCCCCAGCCUUGAUGACCUGGGAGCCUCUUCCUCAUGCGUUAAAACUAAUUCCAGCCCCUGUCUUGGCACAAAAGGGCAGCUUC